AUGGGGCAAAGCGAGGAUUGUUGCUCGACUCAGCUAAUCGAUGGGAAUGGUGAAUUUAACGUGGAAGGUUUGGAUAAUUUCGUGAAGAAGACGAAGCUCUCUGAUUGUGGACUUUCUUAUGCAGUUGUUGCAAUCAUGGGCCCUCAGAGUAGCGGGAAGAGUACACUUUUGAAUCAUCUUUUUAAAACCAGUUUUAGGGAAAUGGAUGCUUUUGCGGGAAGGAGUCAAACAACAAAAGGUAUUUGGAUGGCUAGGUGUGUUGGAAUUGAGCCUUUCACACUUGCCAUGGAUUUGGAGGGUACUGAUGGUAGAGAAAGAGGCGAGGAUGAUACUACAUUUGAGAAACAAAGUGCCCUCUUUGCUCUGGCUGUUGCUGAUAUUGUACUGAUAAACAUGUGGUGCCAUGACAUUGGAAGGGAACAGGCUGCCAACAAACCAUUACUUAAGACAGUUUUCCAGGUCAUGAUGCGAUUGUUCAGCCCUCGGAAAACAACUCUUCUUUUUGUCAUACGUGAUAAAACAAAGACUCCAAUAGCGCUGCUUGAACCUGUUCUAAGAGAAGAUAUUCAGAAGAUAUGGGAUUUAGUUCGCAAGCCUGAAGCACACAAGAAUACACCACUAAGUGAAUUCUUCAAUGUUGCUGAGUUGAGGCAGAGGUUUUUCCAUUCCAUUUCACCUGGGGGACUUGCUGGGGAUAGACGUGGUGUAGUUCCUGCUUCAGGAUUUUCUUUCAGCUCCCAGCAGAUUUGGAAAGUCAUAAAAGAGAAUAGAGACUUGGACCUUCCUGCUCAUAAGGUAAUGGUUGCCACUGUUCGGUGUGAAGAGAUAGCUGAUGAGAAGCUACAUCACUUGGCAACCGACGAGAGUUGGUUGGAGUUGCAAAAAGCCGUAGUAGGUGGUCUGGUUCCUGGUUUUGGCAGAAAGCUUAGCUCUAUCCUUGAAAAAUACUUCUCAGAAUACGACGCAGAGGCAAUAUACUUUGAUGAAGGAGUAAGAAAAGAAAAGCGUCUACAGCUGAAAUCUAAAGCUUUGGAUUUUGUGCACUCUGCUUAUGCUAACAUAUUGGGACAUUUACGAUCCAAUGCACUGGAAUCCUUUAAGACCGGACUGGAACAGUCUCUGAAUCAAGGAGAAGGAUUCGCAAGUGCUGUGCGGAACUCCAAACAGUCUUGCCUGCUUGUGUUUGACAAAGGAUGUAAAGAUGCUGCGGUUAAACAAGCGACUUGGGAUGCAUCAAAAAUUAGAGAGAAACUUUGUCGUGACAUUGAUUCUCACACAUCUUCUGCUGAGACUGCUAAACUCUCUGAAUUAACUGCCAACUACGAGAAACGCCUAAUUCAAGCACUGAGUGAACCUGUCGAGUCUUUGUUUGAAGCUGGUGGAAAAGAGACGUGGCCUUCCAUAAGGACACUUCUCAAACGGGAGACUGAAACAGCUGUAACAGAUUUUCUGGAUGUGGUUACUGGUUUUGAGCUAGAUCACGCUACAAUUGAUGCUAUGGUUCAGAAUCUAAAGGAGUAUUCGCAGAGUUUAGUGGAGAAAAAGGCGAGAGAAGAAGCUGCUAAAAUUCUGAUCCGAAUGAAAGAUAGGUUCUCAACGGUCUUCAGUCAUGAUAAAGACUCAAUGCCACGGGUCUGGACUGGAAAAGAGGAUAUUAGAGCAAUUACAAAAGAUGCUCGCGCAGAGGCUUUAACUCUUCUAUCCGUGAUGUCUGCAAUACGUUUGGAUGAAAGACCGGAAAAAAUUGAGAGCACUCUCUUCUCUUCUCUCAUGGAUGGAACUGUCUCUGUUGCAUCUUCCAACAACAGAAGCUUCGGAACUUCUACGGAUCCACUUGCAUCUAGCUCUUGGGAAGCGGUUCCUCCAAAAGACGUGCUUCUGACGCCAGUACAGUGUAAGUCUCUCUGGAGACAGUUUAAAUCUGAGACCGAGUAUACCGUAACCCAAGCUAUCUCUUCACAGGAAGCUCACAAGCGAAAUAACAACUGGCUUCCACCGGCUUGGGCGAUUGUGUUGAUGAUUGUCCUUGGUUUCAAUGAAUUCAUGAUGCUCUUGAAGAAUCCGUUAUACCUCUUAGGCUUGUUUGUGGCGUUUCUACUCUCGAAAGCCUUAUGGGUGCAGCUCGACGUUCCUGGGGAAUUUCAACACGGCGCUCUUGCUGGUGUGCUCUCCAUCACGUCAAAGUUUCUUCCAACUGUUAUGAAUCUUCUAAGAAAGCUCGCGGAAGAAGCGCAAGGGAAAGCAACUCAGGAAGCACCAGCAUUCUCAGCUUCCCAAAGCUACAGACACCAGCAGUCUCCAUCAAACUCCAUCUCAAGCACAAUAUCAGAAUCUGUCUCAUCAAACAUUUCAUCAUUCGCUGAUGAUGAUGCUGAAUUCUCAAGCCCUGCACUGGUUCAGAGACGAAACACCAGCAACGUACAAGAAACAGAGAUCUCUCAAAUGUAA